CUCAAAGCCAGCUAACAUUUGAAUCAAAAACAAAAUUUGAGUACUUGAUUUUCUUCAUGAACCAGUAGAGCCUGGUUCUUCGUUAGCAACAAUCUCAUCACGUAGACAGAGUCCAUUUUAAGGGGUGAUCACCACCAUUUCCCCCAGUGGACCAGUUCACUAACUUGGGAGUUUUUGAUCCAAGUAUCCCACGUAUCUUGAGAAAAAGAAACCCAACCCGCGCUCGAAUGUCGUUCAAGGAGAUACCUAUUCUUGAUCUUGCCUUAGCCAGUGAUCCAAGCACUAAGCCUGCCUUCUUGGCUGAUUUGCGGCACGCGUUGAUGGAAGUGGGAUUUCUAUACCUUAAAAAUGUCGGAAUCUCAGAUGAAUUCUUCGCGAAAGUGAUCCACGAAGGCAAAGCUUUUUUCGAUAUCCCGCAAGAAGAGAAACUCAAGAUCGAGAUGAAGAACGCGCCCUCCUUCCUUGGCUACUCGCAGCUCUCCGCCGAGAUCACCGCAGGCGCCGUCGACCACCGCGAGCAGAUCGACCUCAGCACCGAGCACCCAGUUCCCGGGCCCGGAUCGCCGCUCCACCACAACCUCCUGGCGCCGAACCAGUGGCCCUCGGCCUCCGUGCUCCCGGACUUCCGCCCCGUGUUCACGGAGUACAUUUCCCGCAUGGCGCGGGUGAGCAUCUACUUCACCUCGCUGAUCGCCGAGGCGGUCGGAUUGCCCGGGGACGCCUUCGACAAGUACUUUCUCGACGGGGCGGACCAGCAGCACAAGCUGAAAGUCGUCAAGUACCCGGACCUAUCGGAGCUCGGCCUCGACGCCCCCGGCGCCGAGGGCCAGGGCGUUGGCCCGCACAAGGACAGCAUGCUGACGAGCUACCUCCUACAGGCCAGCCGGCACAGGGGCCUGCAGGUCCAGAACAUGAGGGGCGAGUGGAUCGACUGCCCGCCCGUCGACGGCACGCUGGUGGUGGCCAUCGGGCAGGGCCUCGAGGCGCUCACGCAGGGCGCCUGCCGCUCGACCACGCACCGGGUGCUGAGCCCCAAGGCGGGCGACGGGGCGAGGUUCAGUAUCCCGUUCUUUCAGGGCGUGAGGGGCGAUGCUACGUUUGAGGAUCUAGAAAAGGUCGGCGUGGGCGAGGUACCGGAUGAUGUCAAGGCCCAGCGGAGGAGGGUGCUGGAGCGCAAUGGGGGCAGGCUGGACGAUGUGGAAUUUACGUUUCGAAGUGGUGGCAUGUCGAAGACACUGGGCGAGGCGACGCUUAGGAAUAGAGUCAAGAGCCACCAGGAUGUGGGCGAGAGAUGGUACCCAGAUAUGUUGAAGGACGUGCUGGCACAGUUGGCAAGGGAGAAGUGGGAAAAGGAGGAGAAAGCAGGUGUGAAUCUAGGCGGUGGAAAAGGACAAGCAAGUGACACAGAGAAGACGAGACAAUCUCAGCCAGCGGCUGUAGAGGCGCACUGAGCGAGAGAAAGAGAGAGAGAGAGAGAGAGAGAGAGAGUGUAUACAAAAAUAUUUAGGGGGGUUCCUUGAAUGCGUGGAACUUCAUUGCUCG